UUGCAGUGUUCAUGUAAGGAGCCGUUGAUUGUUUGACCGUACCACAGCUGUGUCACCAAAACAUAUUGGGCCUUUCCAACUUCGUAUGUGCUCAUACAUCCAGGGCCGCUGCACUCAGCUCAGUAUUAUAUCCCCCUGUUGUGUUCCCCUUCAACGAGCCGAGAUGAGCUCUCGACUGCUUGGUCCAGGAAUCGGCGCCGGCGGGCUCGAGAAGCAGGAGGACGUGGUGGCUCGAGCAGGUCUUCGUUCGGUCAGCGGAAGGGACGACGGCGGGCUUCGCAGCUUGAGGGUGGCAUGAAUGGCAUGUCUCUACGUUAUAAACGUACCUAUCGCUAUGCGUUGGACCGCAUCUCGAAGUUGCUCGAUGACUGUUAAGCGGUUUGAGACGCUGAGACGC